AUGCUGCCAAUCCCGGACAACCUCCCGUAUCCCAUCGAGGAGAAGACAUGGGGGAAAUCCGUCGAUACACUGGAUGAAAAGAACCAAACGGAAGGAAUACUAAACGGCCAUAUAACUUGUGUACUACGGGCAUGGAACAUGAUGCGCAUUACCGACCGUGCCCUAUGGAACGAUUUUCGCGAAGAAUUCGAUGGAUGGACUCUGGACACAUUGAAGGUGGCAAGCAAAACCGCAUUAAAGAUGCUUCGACUUCAUUUGACAACCAAUGGAGUAUGGAUCAAGAUAGCUAUAGGGGUAUCAUACGCGAAGGGAUUGUAUGACUGUCUCCAGGAGGACACUCAACACGAAUGGACUAAAGAAGACAUCGAGGCCCAUCUGAAAGAGCACCCAGAUAACUUCAACUCCAGAUGGAACCCUGCACGCGGCCAAUCAUCGACUAUCCACCUAAAUGCCCCAGCAGCACGAGCUAUUUCGGUAAACCCACCAGAUCUCCAAACCCCACAACCUAGUAUUGCGAAACCACACGUCGAGCGAACCGACCAUGGAUGGGAAGAAGCCAGAUCCACAACGCUCGACACAGCCUAUACGGGCAGCCACAUACAGCAACAACCUAGUUACGACAGAGCCCAACAAAAUACCCAAGAUAUGCCGCUACCGAGAAUGGUCGAAGCAAUCACGAGGCAAUAUAGUAAUACGGACGACAAGUACGGUGGAGGACUGUAUGACGACCUCAACACGAAAUUGGUCAGGUUCUACGACAUCUGUGAAAAGAUCGGCCUACGGGAACAUCAAUUCCAUAUUGCGUUCUCGCUUAUGCUCAAAGGGAAAGCAGAGAAGUUUUAUUUCACAAGGAUCAAGGGGAAGGCAAAAGAUUUUCCGACAAUGGUAGAGAUGAUGAGGGCCCACUUUGACACAGAAGAAAACCGUCAAAGAUCUAUCACUGAAUGGAGAGAGGCCACCUUUCCGAGAAUAAUUGCACAGAAUCCGGAGAAGUCGCGCUCGGAAUGCCUCGAGAUACUGUUCGAAACACUCGAGAAGAUCCAGCCAGGAUUGCCCCCAGAACACCGGUCGGAGACGACCCUACGGGAACAAACUAUAAAUGCCUGCAGAGGUGUCGAGGAAUGCAAAUUCUCUAUAUAUAGGCCGGCGAGCACCUUGGAAGGAGUACAAGCUGAACUGCGAUCAGCAGUUGCCAAUGCGACUCUUUCAUCACAGUCGGGGCAAUUUCAAGCUCAUGAGGAGUACGACGUGCAUGAUCAACAUUGGACUGACCGCACAUACGGAGGGAGAGGUCGCGGGUACAGCCGUGGAGGUUACAACCAGCGCAGAGGAAGCUAUGGAUACGGGAGCAACCGUGAACUCACUCCCUUUCGUGGAUCAGGACCGCGAGGAGGCUACCGCGGAAGUCCACGGGGCAAUCAAGGAUCCCGCCAAGGGAGAUGCUAUGUCUGUGGACGACCAGGAUGCUGGUCGAAGUAUCAUACCGGAGAAGAACGAAAACGAUCCCUCGACAAUUUCCGCCAGCAACACUACUUCACGACGGGCCAGACAGCCACCCCACAGGACUUCCAAAUGUUCAUCAGCGACUUUGAAGGCACGGAGAAGAUCGAAGGGCUAGACGACAGCGAUAGUCAUGACCCUACCCAGAUGCUUGCAACUAUAACUAUUGAGGAUGAUGAGCACGAGGGGUUCGUGACUGAACUCGGAGAAGUCGAUGGAACAAGAAUGAUAUCCAUCCUGAACGAUCAGGCAGUAUACCACUUCUUCACCAAGGACGACAUUUUUCAGCAGCGACAAGCCGACGGGCAGGCUAUGGAAGUGUUCACACUCGAUAACCGAUAUUCAUCCGACACGUUCCAAGGCAUCAUGCCAGACACUGGAGCCUCUGGGGUUUCGUCCGCUGGAGAACCUCAAUUCAGGGCAUUAUGCAAGCUUGACCCCAAAGUCAAGCUCAAUACAUUUCGGGCUGCGGAACAGAAGAUCAAAUUCGGAGACGGGGAUCCAAAACCCUCUUUAGGGACUGCUGAUGUCGAUACCCCGAUUGGCACCAUUACGUUUCAUAUCCUACCCACGAACACACCAUUCCUCUUCUGCCUCAAGGACAUGGAUGCUAUGGGGGUGGAGCUCCGAAACAAGAAAAACGUGCUCGAGAGAGGAGACAAGAGAGUACCCAUCGUACGUAAAUGGGGACACCCAUGGAUGUUGCUGCACAAUCUAGAGGAGAUAGCAGCAUGGAGCCACCUUACCGAAACGGAACUACGACAACUCCACCGACGUUUCGGACACCCAUCAGUGCGGAGAUUAACUCGAAUCCUUCAACGCGCUGGGCACGACGUAAAUUCACAGUGCGUGGACUAUCUCACGAAAUUCUGCCACCAUUGCCAGAUGAAAGGUAAAUCCCCAGGACGAUUCAAGUUUACCCUGAAAGAUGACUAUGAAUUCAACUACUCAGUUAUCGUCGACGUCUUAUACCUCGAAGGAAAACCCGUUUUACAAGUCAUCGAUGCAGCCACAUCGUUUGGCGCUGCGAGAUUUCUGAGAGAUAUGUCUGCACGCAAUUCUUGGGACACACUUCGUGCAUGCUGGAUCGAUACCUACCAGGGACCACCGGACUAUGUUGUACACGACGCGGGGACGAACUUCAUAUCUACAGAGUUCAAGCAGCUUGCAUCUUCAAUGUCGAUCAAGGUCAAGGAGGUCCCCGUGGAAGCCCACAACAGCGUGGGGAAAGUGGAACGAUACCAUGCACCACUGCGCCGCGCCUACGAAAUUCUCAGGGAAGAGCUCAAGGACGAGAAUAUUGACAGGGAAAUGAUUCUGCAGAUGGCUGUGAAAGCUGUCAACGACUCAGCCGGACCGGAUGGAAUUAUUCCAACAUUGCUUGUCUUUGGGGCAUACCCGAGAAUGACCGAAAUGGAUCCACCAUCACCCUCGGUAGUCAAGAGAGCUGAGGCUAUCCGUGCUGCAACCAAAGAGGUCCGUCGCCUACAUGCGGAACGCCAGGUGAAUGAUGCUCUUGCCAUCCGCAACGGGCCCAAUAUCAUCACUACGUUGAACCUACCAUUACAAUCAGAUGUUCGAGUCUGGCGCGAGAAAGGUGGAUGGAAGGGCCCAUACAAGCUCUUAGCGGUGAAUGGAGAGACUUGCACCGUUGAUAUGCCACACGGUCCUACGAAUUUCCGGUCAACCAUUGUCAAGCCCUACUACAGGGAAGAGUGCCCAGAGGCGGAAAGAGGACAACGACAUGUGAGGGAAGACGGUGACCAAGAGGAUAAAACCGUUGAUGCGAAAAACACGGAAGAGCCCGACAAACCGACUGAGACCCAACGGCGAGGCCGAGGACGACCGCCAGGAUCGAAGAACAAGCCGAAGCCGCAGGUAACCGUGCGGCGGAGCACUCGACAGAAUGCUGCUAAUCCUCAAGAUCUCGAGGAUCAGUUCAUCAAUACUAUCCUGGAAGAACAGGAUGUCUCAAUGGCGCUCAUGACAAACAAGGAACGAGCCGACAUGGAACUGUCUAUCAAGUUGAGGAGCGAAGGGGUCAUCACGACCCCAGGAUUACCAUUCGAUCAAUCUCGGAACGAGGAGAUUGAUGGACUGAUAGCGAGAGGCGUGUUCGACUUCGUACAAUACAACCCAAUCAAGCACGCUGGCAUACGCAUCUUCAAUUCGCGCCUAGUCAACGAGAUCAAGGGCAAGGCUACGGGUGCGCCCUUCGAGAAGUCACGACUUGUUAUCCAGGCCUACAAUGAUGAAGGAAAGGGGAUGAUUCUCACGCAAUCCCCAACCAUCCAGCGAGCCAGCCAACGAGUUAUCGUUGCACUGGCCCCGUCACUGAGAGAGAAGGGCAUCAGUCUGUCGAUCCGGGACAUUACACAGGCAUAUGUCCAGUCAACGACCUCAUUGAACCGACUGAUUCUGGCACAUCUCCCUAAGGAGACCAAGAGCGAGUUCCCGACAGGCACAAUCAUGGUAGUGCGGAAGCCGUUAUACGGAAUCCCUGAAGCCGGAACCCAUUGGUGGGCAACGUACCACAAGCACCACCGGGAAAGGCUCGGGAUGGUCACAUCUACUUACGACCCAUGCUUGUUGAUCUCAACAGCGAAAGGAGCUUUCGGUGUUGUCGGAAUGCAAACCGAUGACACUCUGAUUUUAGGGUCCGACGAGUUUGCCAAGCUUGAAGAAAAGGAAUUAGUGGAGGCAAAGUUCAGCGCUAAGCCCAAGGAUACACUAUCUCCAGAGGGCCCGCUGAUAUUCAAUGGCUGCGUCCUGACACAAAAUGAUGGAGACGUUGCCGUUGAGUUACGCCAGAAGGAGCAGGGUAAGAGACUCAAGCCCAUCGACCACAAAUCUACGGAUUUCAAGCACGUAUACAUGGAACAACGUGCUCGCGGGGCGUACAUUGCAACGAUCUGCCAGCCGGAAGCUGCAUUCGACCUAUCCGUUGCCGCCCAACACCAGGAUCCUACGGAAGCCGACGUCAACGCGUUGAACAAACGCAUCAUGUGGCAAAUGAAGAACCUGGACAGGGGCAUCAAAUACAUCGCGAUAGACCUAUCAACUGCGAAGCUCUUCGUAUUCGUCGAUGGAUCAUUCGCAAACAACAAAGAUUUCAGCUCCCAGAUCGGAUAUGAGAUCAUCCUCGCAAACGAGUCCACAAAGAAUGAGGAAUUUGAGAUCACCGGAAACUUAAUCCAUUGGAGCUCAACCAAGAGCAAACGCGUCACCAGGAGCGUCCUGGCAUCGGAGAUCUAUGGGAUGGUGGGAGGUGUCGACAUGGCAAUUGCAAUCGGCACAACAAUCAAGAUGAUCAUGGACCAACUUGGUUUUGAGAAGAUCCCUACCAUUGUAUGCACGGAUUCAUACUCUCUCUACGAAUGCCUCGUCAAACUCGGAACCACCAAGGAGAAGCGCCUCAUGAUCGACAUCAUGGCACUUCGCCAGUCAUACGAGCGAAGAGAGAUAAUGGAAAUAAGGUGGAUCAACGGGAGCGACAACCCAGCGGAUGCAAUGACCAAAGCAGACCCCAACAAGGCCUUGGAGAAGUUCAUCAGCACAAACACCUUACGAGUGCGAGUUGAGGGAUGGGUGGAGAGACAAUAG